AUGGCCGCCUACGCUUCCCCUCCGCGCUCUGCUGGAGCUGCUAGCCCUCAGUCUACCAAGUCGGUACUCGACUCAACCUUUCAGGCACUCUCUCAGUCACCUCCACCUACGAUUCGUGAGAUCCUGGGCGCCUACUCUGCCAAAGGCGAGGGCGAUCGUGAAAUGCUGGUUGCCCUCUUGAACGCCAAAAGCGCCGAAGACCAGCGCAUCGCCGCCAUGGCCACCCUUCAACAAACUGUAAUACAAAUGCAACACUCGCUAGCAUUCGCUCAGGCGCAAGCGGCAGCAUCGCAACCUCCUCAGCAACUGCCUUCUCCUCUCAGUGACCCAUCCCCAUGA